GUUUGGGGAGGUUGCUCCUUCGCUCCCUCAAAUCACUUCGGAUUUUGCAAAUCAGCAGAGGAAAGAGGUAGCAAGAGCUCCAGAGAGAAGUCGAGGAAGAGAGAGACCGGUCGGUCAGAGAGUGCGCGCUGGAGAGCGAGCAGAGAGAGGGACAGGGGCAAAGUGACUGACCUGCUUUUGGGGGUGACCGCCAGAGCGCGGCGUGAGCCCUCCCCCUUGGGAUCUUGCAUCGGACCAGUCGCGCUGACGGACAGACAGACAGACACCGCCCCCAGCCCCAGCGCCCACCUCCUCGCCGGCGGGCUGCCGACGGUGGACGCGGCGGCGAGCCGCGGGCAGGAGCCGAAGCCCGCGCCCGGAGGCGGUGUGGAGGGGGUCGGGGCUCGCGGGAUUGCACGGAAACUUUUCGUCCAACUUCUGGGCUCUACUCGCUCCGGAGUAGCGGUGGUCUGCGCCGGAGGAGGCAAAGCGAUCGGAGCUAGGAGAAGUGCUAGCUCGGGCCUGGAGAAGCCGGGGCCCGAGAAGAGAGAGAAGGAAGAGGAAGAGAAGGAAGAGGAGAGGGGGCCGCAGUGGGCGCUCGGCUCGCAGGAGCCGGGCUCAUGGACGGGUGAGGCGGCCGUGUGCGCAGACAGUGCUCCAGCCGCGCGCGCGCCCCAGGCCCCGGCCCGGGCCUCGGUUCCAGAAGGGAGAGGAGCCCGCCAAGGCGCGCAAGAGAGCGGGCUGCCUCGCAGUCCGAGCCGGAGAGGGAGCGCGAGCCGCGCCGGCCCCGGACCGGCCUCCGAAACCAUGAACUUUCUGCUCUCUUGGGUGCACUGGACCCUGGCUUUACUGCUGUACCUCCACCAUGCCAAGUGGUCCCAGGCUGCACCCACAACAGAAGGAGAGCAGAAAGCCCAUGAAGUGGUGAAAUUCAUGGACGUCUACCAGCGCAGCUAUUGCCGUCCAAUUGAGACCCUGGUGGACAUCUUCCAGGAGUACCCCGAUGAGAUAGAGUAUAUCUUCAAGCCGUCCUGUGUGCCCCUAAUGCGGUGUGGGGGCUGCUGCAAUGACGAGGCCCUGGAGUGUGUGCCCACCUCGGAGAGCAACAUCACCAUGCAGAUCAUGCGGAUCAAGCCUCACCAAAGCCAGCACAUAGGAGAGAUGAGCUUCCUACAGCACAGCAGAUGCGAAUGCAGACCAAAGAAAGAUAGAACAAAGCCAGAGAAAAAAUCAGUUCGAGGAAAGGGAAAGGGUCAAAAACGAAAGCGCAAGAAAUCCCGGUUUAAAUCCUGGAGCGUUCACUGUGAGCCUUGCUCAGAGCGGAGAAAGCAUUUGUUUGUUCAAGAUCCGCAGACGUGUAAAUGUUCCUGCAAAAACACAGACUCGCGUUGCAAGGCGAGGCAGCUUGAGUUAAACGAACGUACUUGCAGAUGUGACAAGCCGAGGCGGUGAGCCGGGCUGCAGGAAGGAGCCUCCCUCAGGGUUUCGGGAACCAGACCUCUCACCAGAAAGACCGACUAACCAUGUCGCCACCACGCCAUCACCGUCACCAUCGCCGACAGAACAGUCCUUAAUCCAGAAAGCCUGACAUGAAGGAAGAGGAGAGACUCUUCGAGGAGCACUUUGGGUCCGGAGGGCGAGACUCCGGGUGAAGCAUUCCCGGGCAGGUGACCAAGCACGGUCCCUUGUGGAACUGGAUUCGACAUUUUCUUUUACUUGCUGCUAAAUCACCAAGCCCGGAAGAUUAGGGAGUUUUAUUUCUGGGAUUCCUGUAGACACAACCCACCCACCCACACCCACACACAUACACACACACAUAUAUAUAUAUUAUAUAUAUAAAUAAAUAUAUAUGUUUUAUAUAUAAAAUAUAUAUAUAUUCUUUUUUUUAAAUUAACUUUGCUAAUGUUAUUGGUGUCUUCACUGGAUGCGUUUGACUGCUGCUGACUUGAGUUGGGAGGAGAAAUGUCCCUGCUCGGAUCCUGACAGGGGAGACAAUGGGAUGAAAGACUCCGGUGUGGUCUUUUGUCCUUCUUAUGGAGGCCGAAGUUCUUUUGCCUGCCAGGGAACAUGCAAGGCCAGGGCACGGGGGCAUAUCGGCUCACUUCCAGAAACACGACAAACCCAUCCCUGGCCCUGAGUCAAGAGGACAGAAAGAUAGAUGACAGAUAAGAGACAAAGAAGCUGGCUCCAAGCAGGAGUUUGGGGAGCCUCAGGACUUGCAUGCUUUGUGGAACCCCACUGCAUGCUGCAAAAGAGAGCACCCUGCCCCUCUGGGCACUGCCUGGAAGAACCAGGAGCCCCCUCCAGCCUUCAGCUCUCUCCUCCACUUCGGAGGUGUCCGGGAGGUGUCCCGGUAAAGAGAAGACAUAUUGGUGGAAGAAGAGGCCUGGUGAUGGCUCCUCCUCCUGGGAACCCCUCCUUCUCCCUACCCCACUUCCUGGGUACAGCCCAGGAGGACCUUGUGUGCUCAGACCAUUGAAACCACUAAUUCUGUCCCCAGGAGACUUGGCUGUGCGUGUGAGUGGCUAACCCUCCCCCAUCCGAUCCCUUCCCGAGGCACAGAGCAAUGGGGCAGGAUCCGUAAGCCCCUCAUGGAGGCAGAGAAAAAAGAAAGUGUUUUAUAUAUGGUACUUAUUUAAUAGCCCUUUUUAAUUAGAAAUUAAAACAGUUAAUUUAAUUAAA